AUGGAAGAGACAGAGAAAGGACAAUGGACUUCUGAAGAAGAUAAUAAAUUGGUGUCUUACAUCCAACAACACGGUUCAGGCGAUUGGACGGCCGUUUCUAAAAAUACUGGAUUGCAUAGGAAUGGUAAGAGCUGCAGAUUGAGGUGGUUGAAUCAACUUAACCCUAAUAUCAAACGGGGAAAUUUCACCACUGACGAAGAUUUGAUAAUAAUCCGUCAUCAAGCUCUCAAUGGCAACCGAUGGUCUGCUAUUGCUGCACAACUGCCUGGUAGGACUGAUAAUGACAUCAAAAACUAUUGGCACGUCCAUUUGAAGAAGAAGUUUAGUAAUGUCAAUAGUUGUAGUGAUAAUUAUGGUGCUGAAGGAACAACAAAAUAUGAAGGUGAUGUCGCUACUAUUGGUGGAUUGGACUACAUUAAGGCAUACUAUGACAAGAUGUAUAAGAAUUCAAUAACAGGGAAUUCAAUAAUACCAACAGGGAAUUCAAUAACACCUCCACAGAAUCAAUUGGAUGAAAACUUUUUCGAUGACAUUGGAAUCCCGACCAUGGAAGAAAUCGAUAGAUUGCUGCUUGAAGAUCCUGAUGCUCCUUUACCUCCACCAUCUCCUCACUCUGCUCCUAGUACUGCACCUGAACAGGAGGGUCAUGACUACCUGCUCAACAUUUCAGGUCCUCUCGAUCAUGAUCAGCUUUCCUUCGGCCCCUAUUAA